AAUUAUUUAAACUGUUUAGAAUGGUGUUAAAACGCAGAGAGGAGCACAGCAAUAGGCUAAUAACAACCCACUACAACUAUAACAACAACAACAGCAGUGGGGGGACAAGGAGAAUGACCAAACCAAAUGUUUCCAACAGCAACAGCAGUUCUCCAACAGCACAUCCUUCCAGGAAUAGUUCUCCAACAACUACAAUGAGUGAGAUAUCAACUGAUUCAGGUUUAGUGAGUGACUGUGAACCUAUGUCCAGAUUAAAUCUUGACUCAGACUCAGAUUCAGACCUGGAGAAGCAUCCGGAGUCAAUCUAUGAAAACUUUGAACUAGGAAAUUCAGGUUUUGGUGUUGUUCCGACCCCUCCUCCCUUGCCAUCCUUGCUUUAUACAUCCCUGGUUUUCUCAAACUCAGGGGAGGAGGAUUCAUGGACCCACAGAGAACCAAAAAGAGUACAAAUCCAGAAUGAAAGAGAGGAAGGAAAAGGUGAGCAGCGGAAUCUACCGGCGGAGAAGAGUAGACGGAGGGUUGAUGGCGGAAUGGCGGAUACAAGACCAGAUCGGCGACUAAUGGCAGAGUUUGAGGAUAGUGUGAACUGGUUUCUGAAUAAAGAACAUGAAAGUAAACACGAGAAGAAAAUGAACCCCAGAGAGUUUUCAAGGAUUGAUGUUUCAACUCUCAAGAAACAAAAGGUAUCCAAGAACGAGUUUGCGCAGUAUUUUUCUGAGAAUCGUUUGCGGCAUUUGAGCAGGAGAACAAGAGGAACAGAAACACCGGAUAGAGAUGUUUUUAAAGAGGAGCUGGGUCCUAAAAAGGGAAUGAAACACAUUUUGGGAGGAUUGAGAGACGGGCAUUCCUGGGAGGGGGGAGGAGAAGAGGGAGGAGAACCUAGAAACCCCUGGGAUAAAGAAAAGGCCGGAGGAACUAUCAGAAGUGUCCGUGGUACGGUUAGGGGAAAACGGAAUCUAGUCAAAGCAGGCAUUGCUAGCUUUCUUUUAGAUCAAAAUAUCAAGGAUAUUUUGGAAAAAGAGCAGGGUAGACUGGUGGUCUACGUUACAAGUUGUGGAAUUGUUAGAGGAACCAGGACCCGUUGUGUUACAGUUUGUAAAAUUCUGCGAAAUAUGAUGAUAAGAUGUGAAGAGAGAGACGUAUUUAUGUCACGUGAACAUCUCCUAGAAUUGAUGGACAGGCUGGGGACCCCUCCUCCUCUUCCUCUACCCUUAGUUUUCAUUCAUGGACACCUUCUAGGGGAUGCGCUGAAUAUUGAGAAAUUGAAUGAGUCUGGAGAACUGAAGCAUAUUGUCAAGGAAUUUCAGGAUCCUGGGGGAAUAGGUCGAGUGUGCAGUAAGUGUGGAGGAUACACUAUGCUACCAUGUCCCCUCUGUAAUGGAAGCAAGAAAUCUAGAAACUUUUCACAGGUAGUUCUGCGAUGCACCAACUGUGAUCAUGCCGGGCUAGUUAAAUGUGAUCAGUGCUAACAAUUUAUACUUGUACUAAAAUCCUCUAAUAAUCGGAAAAUUUAUUAGUGCAACUUAGAUGUUCUUAGAUACUUUCCCAAAGGAUUUUCCCUGAGCGGCAACUUCCCACCCGUAUUUUCUCAAAUGGCAACUUUCCAUCUGUGAAAUUUCCCAAGUAAGUCCUAGACGCAGCGCUCAGGCAGCCUUAUCUAGCUGCAGCGCUCGACCCUCUAGCCUUUUCUUGCCGCAGUGCUCGGUCCCCAGCCCAUUCUAGCCACAAGGCUGCGGUGCCUGGCCUAACCUAACCUUUGGGAAGUUACCACUUGGAAAAUUGUCACUUACAGGUUGUCGCCCUUGGGAAAAUGCCUAACACCGAAACUUAGUAUUCGUAUUUCCAUCAUAUUGAUUUAGACAAUUUAGAAGAAAAUGAUAUAUGACAUGAUAAAUUCAAGAAAUAUUUUUUUUGAGCUAUGUAGAAUUUUUUGCGAUCUGCACGGGCCUUGCACGACUACUUCCCAGGUUAAAAAAAAUAUCCUGUGAAAACUGACAACAAUAUUAGCCUUAGAGUUAUUUUUGAGACAAUAAAUCUAUAUUUUGUUGCAAAAUGGGACACCCUAAUUUUCAAACAAUACUACAUUUACGCACCCGAUUAUAAACGCUAAAUAUAAAACCUUUGAGUAAUACAUUGUUAAUAGUGAAAUAGAAAACAAUAAUAUUUGAGUAAAUUUAGCCAAAACAUAGGUGUAAAGGGUAACAUGCAUUGUUUAAGUUAGUCGACAUGUCUCAUUAAAGAAUUUUCAUAUUUAAGUCAAUCUCAUAUCUAAUAUAUUAUAUAUCUUCAAUCAGUCAAGGAGUAUGGUAUAGAAGGGAGAUACAACUGACGCGGCCCGCCCUACCAUAUGAUUGUAUACAUGCUUUGCAGACGGUACUCCAUUU